UUGUAUAGCUCCGACUUAACUACUUUAUGUUAUGAAAUAUUUUCGGGAAAUCUUUUCAAUCGCUCUGCUCCUGUCGGAUGUCGCAAUUGCAAGCGCUAAUUGGUGGAAUUCUUCAGCCUCGUACUUGCAUGGCAGGCCACAGGUGAAAACAGUGAACAAGAAUGGCAUUCGGAUGACCGAGGGUGGUCAUGCGGUCCCUUGGCUGCUAAGGAUAAUUGAUGGUCGAGACUUCGUCUGCGGAGCCUCACACUUAAGUGCCCUUUAUGCCCUCACCUCAGCAAACUGCAUGCAUUUUCAUAGGUCACAGUUGAAGUCGCUGAGUGUAGAGUUGGUAACGGAGAGCUGGCAGGAUAGCCAGGAUAAUUUGAAUGAUCCUCCAAACGCCAAAAUCCGCAGCAUUAUAGUAUCGAAGGAUUGGCGCUGGCCAGGAACAUUUAUGGAUGUAGCCGUCAUACAACUCACCAACCGCCUGCGUGGCAGUCGGAAUGAUUUCGUGAAGCUCUGUACCCAUCCGCUGAGCACCUACAAAAGCCUUUCAGUUGUGUCCUACGGAGCACGACCCACGGCAAACGUACGAACGGAGGAGAUCGAGGUGCUCAACCGAAUGAUCUGCGAUUCGGCGUACGGCAAUUUUCUCCUGCGCGAAACUGUCGCGUGUGCCAAGGAAUUUAAGAGGAGCACGGACUGCAUGUUUAACGCCGGAUGCCCGGUGACUUCUGGCGAUCAACUUUGUGGUAUCGUGGCCUGGGGUCCUGCCUGCAAGAGACCCGGUUUGCCCGGAAUCUUUACCGAUAUCCACCAGGUCAGACGGUUCAUUCUGAAGGUGAUCAGUGAAAAGCACAAGGGCAGCCGCCACCCAAGAACGAAAUGGGCAUCAAAAAAAGUACCCGAGUGGCACUCGGGCCUCUGGCUGAGUCGAUAAUUAUUCAUAUAAAAAUUAUACAAUAAAUGA